CCCGCCCCUGGCGUUGCAGGACGUCAGCAAGGACUGCAGGGGCCGGAGCCUCGCCGCCGCCCGCACCGCAGCUCCCGGGGCCGGGUCGCCAGAGCAGCCAGGUCGCCGCCGCGAGGGUCGCCACAGCUCGGAGCCGCAGGAUGGCAUCCGCCACGGACUCACGCUAUGGACAGAAGGAAUCCUCCGACCAGAACUUCGACUACAUGUUCAAGAUCCUGAUCAUUGGGAACAGCAGUGUGGGCAAAACAUCCUUUCUCUUCCGCUAUGCGGAUGACUCCUUCACGCCAGCCUUUGUCAGCACUGUGGGCAUCGACUUCAAGGUCAAGACCAUUUAUCGAAACGACAAGAGGAUCAAGCUACAAAUCUGGGACACAGCAGGGCAGGAGCGGUACCGCACCAUCACCACAGCCUACUACCGGGGCGCCAUGGGCUUCAUCCUCAUGUAUGACAUCACUAACGAGGAAUCCUUCAAUGCUGUGCAGGACUGGUCCACCCAGAUCAAGACCUACUCUUGGGACAAUGCCCAAGUGCUGCUGGUGGGAAACAAGUGUGACAUGGAGGAUGAGCGGGUGGUAUCCUCUGAGCGGGGCCGGCAGCUGGCUGAUCACCUGGGAUUCGAGUUCUUUGAGGCCAGCGCCAAGGACAACAUUAAUGUCAAGCAGACCUUUGAGCGGCUGGUGGACGUCAUCUGUGAGAAGAUGUCAGAGUCACUGGACACAGCUGACCCUGCAGUCACAGGUGCCAAGCAGGGCCCUCAGCUCACUGACCAGCAGGCACCUCCCCACCAGGACUGUGCCUGCUGAGAGUACCCUGCCAGCGCCCCCCCCAGUGAGCCCCCUACCCAUCACCCUAUUUAUUAUCGUAGCUAUUUAUUUAUUGAAGAUGUCCCCUGGGCGCCCCUCCCCUCCUCCCUUCCUGUACAUACACCUGCCCCUGCCCUGUCGUGGAGUGCCCUGGUCACUGCUUGCCCUCCUUUGGAGACCUCCCCACCUCUUUUUUCUUUUUUUUUGUAAACUGCCCCCAUCCACAGUUGUCAGUUGUGAAGUGGGGGGGGGGUGCAGAUGUCACCUCCAGCCAAUGGUAGGAGGUAGGGCCUGCCAGCCCCAUGGCAGGGUGACCUCUGUGUGGACCACUGGGGUUAGGAGUCUGGCAUCCUGCUUGCCUGGCUCUUCUCCCCCAAUACUAAUUUGUGUUUUGGGGUAGGUGGGGUGCCCUGUGUUAAUCACUACCCUGGGAUACCCCCAAACCUUUCUGAUGUCAUGAGUGUCAAAUGUGUCCCCUACUCCCCUAGGAAACAUGAACACUACACACAGUUCUAAUAAAGUGAAUGAACCUUA